GCAGUUACUAUGGUGUCAUAUUUCAUGCUUUAAAGAUGAGGGCUGUGAAACUCUGUUCAUGUCACUUUCUCGGCACUUGACAAUGUCCAACUCUUCGGAUAAUGCUUCCUCCACGAUAGGAUAUUUUUCAGCUCCUUUAACAAACAGCUGUGAAACAUCCACUCCACGAUGCUCAGAGUCUCGCCCAUUCCUUGACUAUUCAUCGCAUGGAUCUGCAUCCCAAGGAUCGGACCAAACGCCAUUGAUCGAGGAAGAAAUACAAAUCCUUGAGCAGUGAAUAUCCUCCUUCGAAGAAUUCGAACAGAAGAUUGCUGAGGAGUAUGGAAUGCAAUCAGAAGAGAUUGAUUCACCUGUGAUUCUACAGAAAGCGAAGGACGUGAUACUUAGCACAGACGAGGGUCCCCUGGAGAUAAAAGACAAGCCAGUUCAGACAGCUGUUUUCCUCGACUCUCUAUACAAGCUUCGGCGUAGUCUGUCAGAGCUCCGGCUUUUCAGAAUUGUAUCGGAUCUUCAAGCUUGUGAGCUAGAACCAGCAAAUAAUCCGUUUCCAAGUGCGAUAGACGCCUCUCGCUUUUGGGUGGUCAUUAUAGGAAUUGAUGCAUACCGACAACUUCCAUUGCAAGGCUGCGUCUUCGAUGCAAUAACAAUGGAGAAAUAUUGUAUUGACCUAGGUGUUCUGAAGUGCCGCAUACAACUACUCUUGGGUCGUCUCGAUGGAUUAACGCAUUCGGAUUCAUUGUUUCCUUCACGUGAAAACAUCAUCAAAACGCUUCAUGAUAUUCGCAGUAAUUGUCUCGUUGAGAAAGGAGACUCCAUUAUCAUCUACUUCUCGGGUCACGGAUCACAUUACUUCUGCUCGAACUACUUCCAAGAUAAUAUCGGUGCAUCUGCACACCUGGGGUCCAUUGAAGCCAUCUAUCCUGCAGACCGCAAUGAGCUUGAUACAGACGGCCGUCCCAUUUCUGAUAUCAGCGACAGGGAGAUCAACACCAUAAUUUCCCUAAUCCGUGAUACCAAGGGUGAUCAUAUCACUCUCAUUCUCGACUGCUGUCAUUCAGGAAGUGCCACCCGCAAUAUAUCGGCUUUCUGCUCCCCGGGGCACACACGGGAUCUGCCACCAGUAUCACACAGACAAGAGAGUGUGUUUGAAUCUGCGGACAAGAGCCUGCAGAAGCAUUGUCCUGGAGCUCCAUCGGUGCUAGUGGAAGACCGGUCUCCCGAUAUGACAUCUCACGUUGUUAUUGCUGCAUGUAGAGAGUUCGAGUUUGUGAGGGAGGUCCGGAGUAACGACGGAAACAUCACCGGAAUUUUCACCAAUGCCUUGGUUUCAACACUGAGAUCAGAUUUAUGUCAAAGUUGACCUACACUGACCUUUGUAGUACUCUCCGAGGCUCUAUGCAACCUCACCAGACACCUGCUGUCGCUGGAAGGAACAAGGACUCACUUCUGUGGUAUCGUCAGGCUUGAAAGUUUUUCUCCAGGGGUAUCAUGCUCCGCAGCUAUUCCAUUUUAUUUAGCUUCUUUUUUAUCUGCAUGCUAUCGCCAUUGUGUCGUUACCACUGUAUAUUAUACCAUCCAUGAAUUAGAGGUGUCUCUUUGUAGACAAUCAGACGUUUGGUUAC